AGUUUUUGUUUAUUGUGAAAUCUUGAAAGCAGACGACGUCGUUUCUGGAACUAGGGUUUUAGCCGUUCCCUUGUUCUCCAAGCUCUUCGCCAUCAUUCAUUCAAAGCCAAGACACAGUGGAGGUGAGUCUGGUAACUGAGACUGAGAAUCGAAUCGGAAUGGGUUCUUCGGCGAAGAGACGCGAGAGCGUGAGCACCAGAGAGGAAGAUCAACUGAUAGUGACGCCAUUAGGCGCCGGAAACGAAGUUGGUCGUUCAUGCGUGUACAUGUCGUACAAAGGCAAAACGAUAUUGUUCGAUUGCGGAAUUCACCCUGCUUAUUCAGGCAUGGCUGCGUUACCCUACUUCGACGAAAUUGACCCUUCGACCGUGGACGUUCUUCUCGUCACUCACUUUCACUUGGAUCAUGCCGCCUCCUUGCCCUAUUUUCUUGAGAAAACCACGUUCAGAGGAAGAGUCUUCAUGACUUACCCUACCAAGGCCAUUUACAAGCUCCUCCUGUCUGAUUUUGUCAAAGUCAGCAAGGUUUCUGUGGAAGAUAUGCUCUAUGAUGAACAGGACAUCAACCGCUCCAUGGAUAAAAUUGAGGUUAUUGAUUUCCAUCAAACAGUUGAAGUGAACGGUAUUCGAUUCUGGUGCUAUACUGCAGGCCAUGUCCUUGGUGCUGCUAUGUUCAUGGUUGACAUUGCAGGUGUACGAGUGCUUUACACUGGAGACUAUUCGCGUGAGGAAGACCGGCAUCUCCGUGCUGCUGAGACCCCACAGUUCUCCCCCGACGUAUGCAUCAUAGAAUCCACCUAUGGUGUACAGCACCAUCAGCCUCGACACACACGAGAAAAACGUUUCAUUGAUGUUAUACACUCAACCAUUUCUCAAGGGGGUCGUGUCUUGAUUCCAGCAUUUGCCCUAGGUCGUGCACAGGAGCUCCUCCUUAUCCUUGAUGAAUAUUGGGCAAAUCAUCCUGAACUCCAGAAUAUACCCAUCUAUUAUGCUUCUCCUCUUGCAAAAAAAUGUUUGACCGUGUAUGAAACAUACACCCUUUCCAUGAAUGACAGGAUCCAGAAUGCCAAGUCGAAUCCCUUUUCCUUUAAGUACAUAUCAGCAUUAAACAGCAUUGAAAUUUUCAAAGAUAUAGGACCUUCUGUGGUGAUGGCUAGCCCUAGUGGACUUCAGAGUGGCUUGUCGCGGCAAUUAUUUGAUAUGUGGUGCUCUGAUAAAAGAAAUGCUUGUAUUAUACCAGGAUAUGUUGUUGAAGGGACUCUGGCAAAAACCAUCAUCAAUGAACCCAAGGAAGUUACUCUCAUGAAUGGACUCACUGCACCUCUUAACAUGCAGGUGCACUACAUUUCCUUUUCUGCUCAUGCUGACUCUGCUCAAACAAGUGCAUUCUUAGAAGAGCUCAAUCCUCCCAACAUAAUCCUUGUUCAUGGGGAAGCUAAUGAGAUGGGUAGGCUGAAACAGAAGCUCAUGAGUCAAUUUGCCGAUCGCAAUACUAAAAUCCUUACUCCAAAAAACUGUCAGUCUGUUGAAAUGUAUUUCAAUUCGCAGAAAAUGGCAAAAACCAUUGGGAAGCUUGCUGAAAAAACACCAGAAGUUGGUGAAACUGUCAGUGGUUUGCUAGUUAAGAAAGGCUUCACAUAUCAGAUAAUGGCACCGGAUGAUCUCCAUGUCUUCUCACAACUAUCCACAGCAAGCAUCACUCAGAGAAUUACCAUCCCUUAUUCAGGUGCUUUCAGUGUCAUACGCCAUAGACUCAAACAGAUAUAUGAGAGUGUAGAGCAGUCAGUGGAUGAAGAAUCUGGAGUUCCAACAUUGCAAGUGCAUGAGCGUGUGACAGUGAAGCAUGAGUCUGAAAAGCAUAUCUCCUUGCAUUGGACAUCAGACCCCAUUAGUGACAUGGUAUCAGAUUCAAUUGUUGCUCUGAUUUUAAACAUAAACCGUGAUGUCCCAAAAAUAAUGGCUGAAUCGGAUGCCAUUAAAAUUGAGGAAGAGAAUGAGAAGAAGGCAGAGAAGGUUAUGCAUGCCCUCCUCGUUUCACUCUUUGGAGAUGUAAAGGUAGGCGAAAACGGGAAAUUGAUAAUUAACAUUGAUGGGAAUGUAGCAGAGCUCAACAAAGACAGCGGGGAGGUGGAGAGCGAAAAUGAAGGCCUCAAGGAAAGAGUAAGAACAGCCUUCCGGCGCAUUCAAAGUUCUGUGAAGCCGAUUCCUCUUUCUGCACCAUAGUUCUUUCCUCUCUUUAUAAUACUCUCUUAGGAAGUUGAAAUGCCAUUGAUAAGGAACACUAGCUCACAUGCACCAGUAACAUGAGACAAUUAUUAUAAGAUGUAGUUUCUGUCCCUAUAACAUGUACUUGAACCCAACAUUCUCUGCUCCAUUUUUUUUCUUUGUCAAAUAUUUAAUCAUUUAAUCCCAACUUAUUUUCUUCAAAUGUUUGAUUAUUGUGUAGCUUCUUUGCUUGCCAUUUUCGUCCUUUUGGUGCGUAUCCAUACCAGAACUAUUGUUAUCUACGCUAUAGCCUUGCAAUUUUCCGUUUUGCCCCCAACAGAAUGGAGGCUCUCACCUUUAUUUUCAGUUGCUCCGAUGUCCUUGUUAUUAAACUCUGACAAUAUCAUUUUCAGUUAAUUGUGAUACGAUUAAAUUUU